AUGGCUAUAUCGGAUACGAUUCAGACGCUGUCUGCUGCUUUCUCAUUUGGUAUUCUUCUGCAGGCAGCGACAGGCGCAUUACUUAUAUAUGCUAGGGGUCAUGGUUCAAAUAUCUUCAAGGACGGCCGGAGGCUGGUCCUCGUUCUGUUCUUGUUAUUUUCUGUACUAUGGGCACAGAUUGGAUUUUUAGAACUCUUAAUGCCGACGACGGGUACCGGAAUUUGUCAGGUUGGGUUAAUAUUUACAACGGCCUUCGAUCAGUUGGCAAGGGUGGCACUCGAACAGUUUUUGUUGUGGUCGAUUGGGCAUGGAAUGAAGAUCACCGCCAUUCGAGCUAUCUUGCAAGGACUGUUGGCUGCCAGAUUGAUUGUGGGAGGCGUUUUGGUCGGAAUCACUCGUCCUCAGUUUUCACCUACAUGUGUCGCCGAAACUUCGAUAAUACCAGUGGCAAUUGUAGUUCUAGUCAUGGACAUCAUCAUUGUUGGAGCUUUACUCGUCCAGGCUGGCUCUUUGGGGAUGUUUUGGGAUCGACGUGAAGACCGAAAAGUUCAGAGUCGAGCUCUAUUGCUGGUCAUUGCAGGCUUCACGAUUUGGACUGCAACCAGUGUACCCAUGAUUCUGGGAAUACCUAGCAUUAUUCUGAUCGUGCGUACUGUCGUACCAGCAAAUGGCCUCCUUGUGCUCGUUGGCAUAGUUACCAUAUUCUCGGUGGCAUUGUUGUCUCCGAAGCAAGAGGAUUCUGUAACCGCCGGUGCAAAAUCUCCAUUCUCUACUAGCCCGAUGGCAUCAUCUCGGGGCAUAUUCCAGAAUGGUAUAGGAGCUGAAGGAUCCCCAAUAAUUAGUCGUACUGGCACUAAGAAUCAACUUUUUGUAGUCAAUCCUUCCUCAACGACACCUCAAAGAGAUGUACGGGGCUUUACGAAACUUGCCGACGAUGGAGAUUCAGGGGCAACGCAAGUUCCAGGUGGUGUAUUCCCCGCCGUGUUCGCUGCAUCAUCGCUGUCUUCGGAUCAAGCAGCAUCUACAUCGGCGUCCUCUAAACGCCCGAAAGUAUCCGUUCGAGGUCUUGCUAUCUCGAAGCCUAUAGUUAGUGAUGAAACGAAUCCCGAUACACCUUUUGCAAAGAUAGCUACGAUUGAUCUUAAGACUGCCGUAAUGAACGAUCGCGAACGAAGAGAAAUGAACAGUAAAAAGUCUCCAUUCAAUACUCCAAGAGCAGUUCCUCUACGGCCAAGAAUUUCACCUGAAGAAAUGUUGAAUAAAGCCAAUGAAUCUGCAAGGAAAGGACCAUCAUACCAACCUAAAGAGUGGACGGCGGAUUCUGGAGUUUCCACUUCUGCAUUACUUUCUCCUGCACAGGAAGUGCGACGUCGGUCACCACGAGGAAUUACUAAUUUAGAAACCUUGGAAGAGAAGCAGACUUAUAGACCUGACGUCGGAUUACCAUCUAUGCCUAGAGCUCAGAAUUCAAUGCCACGCCGACAGAAUGCUGUAGCUCAACCAGAAACGGUUAUGUUAAUGAAUGAUAUCAUUUAUGAUAACCCCACAAUAGUACAAUCUAUUAUCAGUAGAACCCCUGGACAUUCCAAACAAAAGUCCUUGCAGGAGCUUUCACCCUUGACUCCUUAUACUUCGACAUUUAGACCUCGGGAGUCUGUAAUUGACAGAGCGAGACCUAUUCCCAGGCACAAGAAUACUGGCAUGUUUGGAAGUGAGCCCUUGCCCGGCCACAGGCGUACCAAAUCAGGCUCUUCAAUCUUUAGCAGGAAAUCUUUCUUCAAUAUUCCAGAUGAUGCACCAGAGCUGCCUCCACUUCCAACAAAGCCACAUCCAGUGUAUACUGCUGCCGAACUGAAGAAAAUUUUACCUAAUGAUACUAAGAGUAUGACGCUUAACGAAAAGAUAGAGUUCUUAUUCCCAGCUCCGCCAGAAGUCGGUUUGCUCAACAAUCGCCGAUCGUCCGUUCCAGAUCUUCCCAGCAUGGCUAGUCAAUCAGCUAUUGAGAAUGAGAUAGACUUCCAAAAUAACCCCGUUUCAAAACGAACGACGAUCAUCGCAGCAAUUAGUCCACAGGUUUAUCCAACACAAGGUUCGACAGAAGCAAACCUCAAUCGCGAAACGUAUCGUUCAAAUGCAGUAGGAAGUCCGUCAAAAACGUUGGUGCCAAGUCGAAUUUAUAGCGACGCAAGUAUUCUCAAGUCGGAGGGCGAAACAGUCCCAACUAGCUCUCAUAAUGAGAACGCCCAAGCGUCGACUCCUUUGGAUGAAGAUUAUUUGAGCGAGACUAGUCCAUCGAUUGCAUCUGACACGUAUAGAAAUUCUUCAUAUUCUGCAUAUUCGCCACUGAGAAGUCAAAGGUUUACACCUGAUGUUGAGACACUGGAACGAAUGUCGGCGAUUGCGGUAGAGGAUGAAGGAGAUGAAGGAGAGGUCAUGGUUGUCAUGAUGAAUUCUGCUGAACAUCGAAGAUCUAUAGCCGAAUCAGCGGUGAGUGACAGGGAAUCCUUCAUUUUCGAUAUUAAUGGUUUGCCCAUUGAAGCAACUCACACGCUCCCAACAUGGCAUCGACGUAUCGGUGACGAACUGCCUGCAUUUUCUGAUCGAAGAUCAAAACAUGGAUCCCGAAAAAUAUCGCCUCCUACUGCUUUACAGUUGGAGCCACCACGUGGGAGAGCAUCUCCAAUUCUCAUCCGUAAAGUAGAAUCAUCUCCACUUUUAGAUUCACCAGGAAGGGCACUUCAAGAGAUUCAAGAUCAAUUGAAUCGCAUUGAAGAACCAAGACGUCCAUCACUGGGAUCGAUUCUACGUCGCAUGCCGGCUACAAAAGAGCUCCAAGACCUUGGCUACGAUGAGGGUAUGGAGAGAUUACGAUUACUUGAAAAUCUCGAGAGGGAAAUGGGUGAGCAAGAGAACGAUUGGCAACAGAUGCAUCAGAAUUUCAGUCCUGACUCUGAUUCCUCAAUUGGUUCUCUAGCUACCCCAGAAUUCCAAGAGACCCCCGAAUUUAGAAGAUCGACCAUGGAGACAGCUGAUCCGAAGAGGUUAUCAUUAGGGUUACGCCGCACUUCAUCUCGAGUCAUACGUCAACGGAUGAGAGAGAAUAUGGCUGGAUCAUCCGCGGAAGAUGAGAUCAUGUCUUCCCAGGUCCAAGAGAAUCCUAGUUUGGGUGACUGGCAGCAGCGCUUAGCUAAUGCCCAGAUUUCUUACAUGGAGAACGCACCAGCAGUCUCUCAUUCUCGAAGCAGCAGUAUAAAUUUCUUGUCGGUGUCCAAAGCACCAAUGGGAAGCCCUGCUCCAGUCGAGACCGAGCCAGAGACCGAGUCGGAAAGCGAAUAUGAAGAAAGCGAGGAAGAAUUUAUGGAUGAUGAACUGCCAGUGACUUCGCCAUAUCACCCAAAUUUGUUGUGGCAGCCAGAACUUAACUCACCAAAAUUAGACGCCUCGUCACUUUGGAGCUCUGUUCAUGAGAAGGCCUCCCUGGAACCCAGUCAAUCUCCUGAGCUUCCAGCAAAGAACUUACGUCCCGUACAGCGAAGAUGCGAUGUUGAAAUGGUACUCAGUAGCAGCAAUCUAUGGUCAAAAUCGUCUUUGAACAUGCAACCUAGCAGUGAUGUAGCACAAGAAUUGUGGCGAUCGACGCCAGUCCAAGCAAUUACUGUCAAAGCUCGCCCGGUAACCCAAAGACCCCCUAGAAGAUCCAGGCGUAUCACGCUUUUGGCAGACAUUGUCGAAAACCCUGAGCCUCUCCCUAACAAACGCGAUACAUUGGGCAUAUUUCAAUUUCCAUGGGGCGAGCGAUCUGACGCAGCGAUACCACAGCAAACCUACAAUCCAUCGUUCCAGGCUGGACCACCAUUAAACGCGAUGCUCGACUCGAGGUCGCGUCAAUUGGAAUCCGAUGGACUGGCAUAUUCAUCCACAUCAUUCUUUGAUUACGACGAGGAAGAGGAAUUUGACUCCGAGAUGGAAACUGAAAGCGAUGAUGAUUUCGACGAGACGACUUUGUGGGAAAUUGCAAGCAUGCUCAAGACUACUGACCUUCCAUCAAAGGAUAGCUUAUUACCACCACCAAAGUCUUCCCAAAAUAUCGUUGAUGAUUACGAUGAUUAUGAGAUGAGCUCUGAGACUGAUUUUAGCUCUGAGAAUGAUGAUUAUGAGGAGUUCAAUAAUGAGUUUUAUGGAGACUACAACGAGGCUAGAAACUCAACCAUCAUAUUUUCUCAGGAUGAUAUUUUGAACACCGAGGAUAUGGUUAUUUCUAACGUGACAUCACCACUCGUCGUAUUGGAUGAACAGAGCUCCCAAGAUUUGUUCGAAUUUUCAGGUGAUUCUUCCAGGUCUCUAGUUGAAGACUCGCUACUUUGGGAUCACACCCCGUCACCAAGUACCAAGGGAUUCGAGUAUAGUUUACCUCAGCCAACUUCGGAUGUCUGGCAAUCAUAUAUCCCAUCAUCGCAAGACACGAUCCGAACAAAAUCUCAACCGUCGCUUUCAGUACCUAAAAUUUCGAUCCACGGCCUUUGGAAUGAGGAGGACAGUGAUGUUCCUGAGGAACUAGGGUCAGACAUGGAGAUUUCUGAGGAACUAGAGUCAGACAUGGAAAUUUGCUUCGAAAUUCAAUCGCCGCCUACCAUUUUCACGAGUUUCAUGUGGACUCCUCCAGCGGUUUCUUUUGAAGUUCCAAGUUAUGGUUUAUUCUCCAUUGAAUCCAAGCGUCAAGAUUUCCGCACAACUACACAAACACCGGCUGCAAUUGACAUCAAGAAGGUCCAUAGGGUGAACUCAUCUGCACUGUCCGCCCUCUCUUCCGAUGAGUUGUGGUCAAUCAAAGAAUUUGUGCCACGCACAGGCGAGAACUGGAUGUUAAUGAGUACUGUUAAACCAGCUUCAUUGACAGUUGCUGCUAGUCGCUCUUUCAUGUGGACUCCAAAUACGGUUGCUACUGGUGAGAUCAUCGAAGGUCUAUUCCAAGCAAGAUCAUCUCGUACCAAUUAUCGCACGACCGAGCUAGAGCCAGCCGCAUUAGUCUUGACAUCCAGAGUAAGAAGUGUAUCUGGAACCCUCCAAAAUCUAUCAUCCAAUAAGCUUUGGCGUCGACCAUGCCUAUUACACCUAAAACGUGAUCAUGAUUGGAUUUCAGAAUCUUCCAUUCGACCAGUUAGUCCGUCGAUAGCAUCCGAGACAAGUUCUGGAAGAUCUUCACCUGAUAUUUCAGAUGCAUCUUCUAUCGCUUCAACUAGUACUAAAGCAUCGUCACUCUUCUCUCUCGCUUCCGUUUCAUUGGCUUCAGUUUCCAUGCGAAGAACUCUCUCAGCCAAAAAGAAGGAUGAAGUUAUCCCACCACCGCCACCUCCUGCUGACCCAAGCAAGUAUCAAUCCAAGCUACCUGUUCGUCAAGUUUCUCUGAAACCAACUCCGAGAUCUCCUCCAAAAGCUGCACCAUCAGUACUGCUCAGACAGUUGAAAGUUUUGUCCUCAAGAGAUAUAUUCGAGGCACGAAUUCCUCCCAACUCAGAAAAGCCUCAGUUGCCGAAAUUCCGUAGAUCUGUGGUGCCAAUGAAACCAGUCAAACCAGCUCACCGAGCUAUUAGACAUCAAUACAGAUCUACCGUUGCUUUCCGUGCCAAUUGGGAGGAUGCGUUGAACGAAGCUAUCAUUGCAGGAUUAACCAGGUCUAAGACAACACCUGCUGAAUGGGAUCUUUCUCUAAACGAGGCUAUAACUCUCGGAACACCACCAACUAUCGAAGAACCCCAGCCAUCUCUGAAUCUCUUAGAAUUAGACCUCAUUGAUCCCAUUGCAGAAAAUACCACCGGACCAACCUACUCCGCUAUCUAUAAUCCGGCAAUCCUCCACCCCGUUUUCUUCACCGAAACUCUCGUCUCAGAUGUGAACAAUAUUCAUCCCGCGGCUGUUGGACACACGAAACUCCUAUGUCUUACAGCUAGUGUUAAUGAUUGGGAUCGUGCAUUGGGAAAAAUUGUGCAAACAGAUACGACUCGUGUGCAACGUCCAACGGUGUUUGCUUUUAUGUGGAAAGAUGCGCUAAAGGAGGCUAUUGCUGCGGGUAUUCCGAAGGAACUAGAAAGGUCUGAUGUUGUUCAGCUUCAGAGAGAUACGGUGGUGAUGACUGAAAACGUUUUUGAUUCUAGCUACAACGUUUCGUCUCUUCAUCCAGUCUUCUUCUCUGAUACUCUCGUUUCGACUACAAUGGAUAUUCACCCUGCUUGCAUCGGACAUUGCAUCAUCACAAGUUCUCAUUCAAUGUCCGAGUCUCGUCUCUGGGUCCCAAAAUUAGCAAGCAUGACGUCAGUCGUAGAUAGUGGGCUAUGGACCGAACUAUCGAACUUUGUUUGCGAAACUCGGCCACAAUUUGAGACGUUAACACUCGACCAUUCUCGGAGAAUUAUUGCGCAACAUGAUCUCGAAUUGUCUACGCUGGAAUCUUAUGAGCUUUGGCAACCAUCUUCAGUUUCACUCAUAUCAAGAAGUUGGUUACAUACUUCGAGCAAGCCUAAGACCACCCGCAAUCUCCUAUUCCAGAAGCCUGUCGUUGAUGUCAUCAACCAGAGUGAUGCCUUGAUGUGGGAAUUAUUGGCAGGAACCGUCAAGUAUAUUCCAGAUAUGUUUACAAACUUGAAGCACGAUCAUCUUCAGAGACCUUCAGGUGUUCAUUCUUCACUUCUUCCGUCUCUGGAAUCUAAAGAACUUUAUACGGUGUCGGGAAAAAGUGAGCCUGAGAUUCACUGGCUACGUACAUCCAUUGCGUCACCCGUCGUCGCGCAAAACAUCUUUGAGAUGUGGACCGCCAAUGGAUUAUCUACUCCGGACUUGUUUUCAUGCAUAAUGUAUGAACCAGUCAAGAAAAUAUCUGCUACUCGUUCAUCCGUUCUCCCACGCCUAGAGUCCUCGGAGCUUUUCACACCUAAGGAUAAGUCACAGCCGGAGAUUGAUUGGCUUCGUGCAUCUUCUGCGCAGCUCGUGAUCGAAGAAUCGGUUGCAGAAGCAAUAGUUGACGACGAAACAACACCUGCUAGAGAGCCCACAUUUGAGGACUUAAUGGCUGAUGUGGAGACUCUUACCGAAGAAGAGAUUGCCGAGCUACUAGCUGCAGAUGAAUUUAUGACAGAAGAGGACUUGGUUGAUAUCUCUACCGCAGACGAGCCUUUGAUCGAUGCUGAAUCGAACUUACUUGAGCUUGAGAUAAUGGAUAUGCUCGAGUUAGAGUCUGCACCUUCUGAAGAGCUACCAGAGCUAGAUGAGCCUUCAUCGCGAGUCGAAAAGUUGUGGACUCCAUCCCCACAGAUUGCAACGGAAGUAUCCACAGGAACAUGGAAAGUAACCCCAGUGGCUGCAAUCGCUCGUCCAGAUAUCUUUAUUAAGAGCAAUGAAUCGCACCCUCAGCAGUCGUCAACCUCCUUUCAUGCUCAUAUCGCAAGACUCGAGUCAUUACAGCUAUUCACACAGAGCUUCGUUUCCAAAAAUGAAAUUGACUGGCUUCACACCUCCUGCUUGUCUGACACCUCAAGUUCGAAUCCAGUAUGGACUCCAAGUCCUACUGAGACCUCAGCCGAUUCAGUCCCAUCCCCUGUGCUCAUCAAUGCAAAGACUUGGAUGCCCAGGCCAUCACCCAUAACACAGGUCUCUAUGGGAGCCAUGUGGAUGCCAUCCAUAACACAAAUCCAAAUUGAGCUCCCUAUGUUCUCCAAACAAUAUAGUUCACCCUUGAUCCGAAAGAGCAGACAGGAACUCGAGAAGAAAAUCGAAAGCACCGAAUUAUGGACAGAUGAGAAAAGCACUCCGGAAAGCCCUAAACACUGGUUGUUGGGCUGA